GACUUCAUAUACUUACAAUCGACGAUCUCACUUUAUCCUCACUUUUCUUCGAAAGCAAACUGACACACGAAAGAAACACACAAAGAAUCAAAGAAAGAAAGAAAGACAGAAAGGGAAACUAGUCAAUUAGAUAUUCAAGUCAAAGCAGAAAAAAAAAACUCAAAACCGACAUUGAAAACAACAAAACAAACUAAACAAACAAACAAACAAGAAUACCAAACAAUCAACAGUCGUCUCCUCGAUUUUUAUUAGGAUUAACACCUGGAACGGAGCUUUGAAAUCAACCAACCAACCAGCCAACAAUCAGAUCGGGACUUUUUUCGUAUUUAAUCAUUAUACAAGUUAACAGAUGUCAGCGAAUCGAAGAAUUGCCAAGGAAUAUACCGAUCUGCAAUCUAAUCCUAUCAAUCAUGUGACGAUCGAACCUGAUGAGAAUAAUGUCUUGCAUUGGACUGGAAUUAUGGAAGGACCUACAGGAUCGUGUUACGAAGGAGGAAAGUUUAAGAUAGAAGCGACGUUUCCAUUAGAGUAUCCAUUCAAAGCGCCGACGAUUAAAUUCUUGACUAGGAUCUAUCACCCUAAUAUCACCCAAGAAGGAUUACUCUGUAUAGGUCUAUUGAAACCAGAUGCUUGGAAACCGUCGAUCAGGAUCGAACAUGUCCUCAGAGCGAUCGUGAAUCUCUUAGUCGAACCCAAUCCCGAGGAUGCGAUUGUGGCUAGCAUUGCUGAACAGUUCGAUAAGGAUUAUGAGUUGUUUAAGGUUACUGCUCAAGAACAUGUUCGUAAAUAUGCGACUUGAUAUGACAGAGCCCGAUGAGGAGUUGAUUAAAAGUUAUCCAUGAAAAAAAUCAGAAUGUUUUGGAGAGUCUGAUUUAAUCUCUGAUCAUCUUAUUUACUCUCUUAACUCAAUAGAUCUUCAACUUUUGCUUCUUCUUCUUCUUCUUCUUCCCUCCUCUCUUCUUUUUUUUCCUUAUUGCAAAAAAUCCUCAAAAAAAGUGUCGUUGUAGUUGUAAUUAUUUGGGAUGAUCUACAUAUUUUAAUUUAUAGUUUGUGAACUUUAUUGUUCCUUAAUUAUGUCUUGUCCUCUUCCUUAUAACUUACUUGGCCUGAUUUUCUCUUCUUUUCUAAACUGCCUACCUCAAAUGAUCAAGUACUUGAUGAAAACACAAAAAAAAACC